GAAAUGUUUGAUUGGCUGUUGGACCUGUCGGUCACCCGGUAAAAACAGGAGGGGGCGGAACAGCAGUUGAGUCUCGAUGUCCACAGCGGCGUUUUAAAUGAUAGCCACAGCUUUAAAAUGAUUGACGCGUUAUUUGUUUGGUCAAACAGGUGUUUAUAAAAGUGCACAGAUAGAGGAGGAUAAAAAUAAGUUGUUUGUUUGCUCAGUAAUACAUCAAUUGGCGGGUUAGCAUUGUAUGCUAACGCAUCAGCGGUAAUAUCACUGGUAGGCUAAUUAGCCAAGAAGCUAGUCUCGGCUAACUGGACGUUAUAGUGGUUUACUAGAAGUAGUACCUUUUCAGAAUAACAUUAGCGCUUGUAUUUACACACAAGACGUGUCGGCUUUUCCGUCGUGGAUGUUUUGUUACGCGUCUUUUACUUAAAGACUGCAGGUUGCUGUAGUUUGACGAAGGAGCAUGAAGCUAAGCUAACUAGCAGGUUAGCUGUGACCUGUUUACUGGAGUUUGGCGAGGUCUCGUGUUCGUACAGGUAUUAAACUCGUGUUAAACAAAACAUUAGAGAUGGACAGAAGUGUUAAUCCACGGGCUCGUAAUCUCGGGUUAAACCGCUCAUGCAUGUAGCUGGUAGCUGCUUUUGGUUGUUAGACGUCGUCCUUAAACGUGCAGGAAUCGUUAGCCUUCGCUAACCGCCUGAAAACUGCAAAGAUGCACGAAUAAAAGCAUCAGAUCAACUCGCUUUGGCUGCUUUAAAACGUUCAACGAUGUAGCUUUAUAGUAGAUAAGCUACGCGGUACUGGACGGAUUCGGACAUUGAUUAGCACCGUGAAGAACCGAGCAAUGAUGGCGCAGGAGAAGAUGGAGCUGGACUUGGACAUAACGUCCGCUCUGCUUCAGGGAGACGGACACUUGAGGAGAUCCAACAGCGAGCCCAUGAUAAACGGAUUAAGUGACAACUCUCAGGUUUUCCAAAGAGAAAUACUACGCAGCAGACGAAACAGCACAACUCUUGUUAAUCGACCAAACAUGGUUCCAUCUUCCCCGGUUCGCAUCCCGAGCACCAGGCUUGAAAGAAUCAAACAGGAGGAGGGAGUUGAUGUGAUGAACAGGGAAACAGCUCAUGAACGGGAGGUGCAGGCAGCCAUGCAAAUGAGCCAGUCAUGGGAGGAAAGUCUUAGUCUGAGUGACAAUGACUUUGAGAAAUCCUCAUCAUCGUCCCCGAAGCGCAUUGAUUUUGUGCCUGUGUCUCCAGCUCCAUCCCCCACCAGAGGAAUUGGGAAGAAGCAGUGCUUCUCUCCAUCUCUACAAAUCUUGGUGAGCAGUAAUGGUCUAACUCCCAGUCCUGUUCCCAGUCCAACACGUCGUUUCAGCAGGAGGAGUCAGAGCCCAAUUAACUGCAUCAGACCCAGCAUUUUGGGCCCAAUCAAACGGAAAGUUUCAGGUGAGAUGGAAGCAGAAAGCCAGCCAAAGAGACUUUUCCAGGGUACCACCACCAUGUUGUCCUCGGAGACGGCCCAUCUGCCUGAACUCAGCACAUGUUUAUCCCCUGACCUGCUUGAUGGAAGCCUCAGCAGUGUUGGCUCCUCUUCAGGUUCUCCAGCUAAGAUGGAAGGGGUCUCGCCCUCUUCGAGCAACUCUCCCUUCACCCCUCUUCAGGAUCUGUCACCCAAGUGAUCGACAUAUUGUAUUAUAUUGCAAGAAAGGUCACAUGAAUGAGCCUCUGGAGUUUCUUGUGCUUCUAUUCCAUGCCUUCCCACUAGUGCUUUUUGUUGUCUUUCAUUUUUUGGUGACAAUUUGCUUUUUCAACGAGACAGUGUGGGGAAGCUCUGUAAUAAAAGAAGCCAAAGCCCUACAGGUAAUUUGUAUGGACUCUACCAUUGGGGAAAGCUGCAGGGGUAAAGACUGUGAAUGCUGUUUGCACCAGCUGCUAUAUAAAGGUGUAAUAUUUGGGGUAAAGCUCCAUAAUGAAACGAACAGCAUUUCAGAACCCUGCAGUUUCUGUAUGAAUUUUUCUUUUAAUUCUAUGAAAUGAUGGGAUUUCUAAUAUAAAAGCGAGGAGUUCCUUCUUGUAACAGUACCAUUAGGUUGCCUUUGGCCUGGCCUAUUACUAUAGAUCUUUAAUUUACACAAGCAGAUUGCCAACAGGUAUUGUGUGAAAGAAUGUAACUUAUUUUUGGUUCUGGCUUUGUUUUUUUUGUAAGUAUGUACAUACAUUGAUGGCUAUUAGCUUGUCAUUUGAAUUUGAGUUAAACUAAAUUUGUGCACAGUGCUUGAGCAGUUAACUGACAAUUUGAGCACAAUGGCACUUGCAUACAUUUACAACUGAGUUUGUAUCUGCCUUUGGCUGAGAGUAUGUGGAUCACCCUUUCAUUAUUCAUGUAGCUGGAAGGAGAGGGCAACACUGUUGAUGAGUGCCUAUUUAUCACUCUUGGUGCUUCAUUAAGUUGUUCUAAUGGAGUUAACGGUUGCCAUCAGUUAUUUGAGAAUUGGUGCAAAUGUUGGUAUAAUGCAAUAUUAAUGGGGACGUGUACCACUAAAUCCAGGAUAUGUACACUACAGCACAUUCAACAGUCUGAGUUGCCAUUUAUCUUAAAGUUUACCACCCUACAUGGUUUAGCCCUGCCAGCUUUAGAGAAGUGAACUGCCUUAUUGCAGUGUCUCUUACAGGCCUUUUAUACAGAGUUGCUUCACCCUUAUUUACUUGUCUUUGAAAUAUCACUGUGUGACAAUACCAACCUUAAACAAAUGAGUUAUUUAUGUAUAAUGCAUUGUUUUGCAUGGGGUGAACUACUGCAGGUCACUGUCAGAAAAUGUAGAUAAAUAGAAGAAUAGAGGCUGCUGAUGGAGACAUUUGAACAUGCAAUAGAAAAGAUUCAUGUCUGGAGGACAGUCAUCUACUGAUUCAUGAAAGUAGUGUGCCAUUAAAGGUCUGUAAAUAAGAAAUGUGUAAAUUUGUACUUGUGUAAGUUGUUCAUUUGAGCUUUUGUUAUUUUAGUAAAUAGUAUUUUUUUGUAAAUGGUUUUAUGAAUUUGUUUAACAAAAAAGGAAAAAGAAAUGGCUUUAUUUCCUUAGAGCAUGAUGCAUCAUAACUGAUUUGUUCUUAUUUGCAAGCAGGAAAAUGAUUGUAGAUUCUGUUUUUCAUGGAAGUGAAAUUAACUGUGUGGUUUAUUGCCCCAUAUUAGAAAUAUGGCUAAAGCAAAACUGCACUCUACAUUCUUUCUCUGAAUGUCUUUCUUUGCAAGAGGGGAAAAAAGCAGUAAGUGGGUCAUGUAGGUCCCUUUACUGUGCUGUAUUGAUGAUUGAUGUGUUUGUGGUUUGAUUUACCAGUUUUUUUGUUUUGUUUUUUUGUCCUGUGGACUUGUCUGAUCUUUUAUUUAAAUUACUGUCCUCUUUCAAGAGCGUACACCAUAAGCUUGUGUGUUUAAUGAGCUCUGAAUGGACAAAAAGAGAUUUUUUGUCCCCUUUAUCCAGUGAUCUUCAGAUUACAAAAUAAAUUAUUUGUCUUGUAA